ACAGCAUCGCUGCUGACUCCAUCUAUUUUGCUUCGGUCAGUGCUUUGACUUCUUUCUCCACGGAAAUCCACGAUGCCAUUAGCUUCUCUGUGGAUUAACUUGUGGUAGCAUUCAUGAAUUAAUCUUUGUGGAGGAACUUCUCGUCUCAAGUUGCAUGCCAGCCUUGUGGCGGAUGCUCAGCGGUGAGCCCAUGGCAAGUUCGCCACCAGUAUCAAACAUGGCAGAUUUCGACGCGAUCUACGAAGAGGAUGACGACGAUGAAAGAGUCAACGACGAAGCAAUGAUUAGCAUGGUCCCGGAGCCCGUUGUCAUACGUGGAGCAGGAAACAUGACGGUAUUUGGCCUCAGCAACAAGUUCGACACAGAGUUUCCAUCAGCCUUAUCAGCAAAGGUAGCUCCAGAGGAAUUCAAAGCAACGAUCCUGCGCAUCAACAGUGUGUUAAGAAAGACUCUGCCAGUGAAUGUGAAGUGGCUGUUCUGUGGUUGCCUUUGUUGCUGCUGUACACUAGGAUGUUCUCUCUGGCCUGUAGUAUGCCUUAGCAAAAGGACACGGCAUUCAAUCGAGAAGGUUCUAGAUUGGGAAAAUAGUCAUCUGUACCAUAAGCUGGGCUUGCACUGGAAGCUUGGAAAGCAGAGGUGUGACUCCAACAGCAUGAUGGAAUAUGUGCUGCUCAUUGAAUUUAUCCCCAAGAUGGCAAUCCAUCGACCCGAUUAAUCCAGCUUGAGAGCUGUCAUGUCCAAGCCAAUGGGAACACACCCAACGAAAAGAAUCUCUCACGCAUGGAGUGUUUGAAGUGUGUAGAGUGACAUGACCAUCGUGGAAAUGUAUGCAUGCAUGCUCUACCACUGUCAUUUUUAUAUUUUUCUGCCAAUAGUAGUCACUGUGUACAUUGUCACGAUGGCGGGUCCUCGCUGAAAGCCACUUGAACCAAAAUGUAAACAGUGCUGUCUGGAGAGCAACAUCUAAUGCUGCCUAGCAUUUCAGGAGUACGUUGUGACGAUAUGACCAUUUUUGCUAUCCUCUUUAGUUGAAUAUGUGUGCACAUAUGUAUGAUUGUAAUUAUGAAUUUGUUUAAUAUUAGUUCUGUUAGGGCAUUUCAUGCAUCUGGGGUGUCACGUUGGUAUCAGUUCUGCUCACAUUUGUUUCUGUUAUUGUUAAACGUCAUGCACUUACUUGGCCAAUGGAUUUGACAAAAGGGGAAUAAACACAGUUUGAUGAAUGUACAUGAAGUUGCAGAAAACGAGCUUUUAAACACAUUUGUUGCCUUUUGCUGGAAGGAGCUUACUUCUAGUGCUGCGUGCUGUGCUUAUUUGGAACUUAUGCUUUCUUCUAGCAGAGGAUUUUCAAAUUUCACGAAAGAGACCAUUUGUAUGUUGACUAAUCACAAACUCAAUUUUGGGCACAUAGCCAAAUAUUCAUUGGUGCAGUGAUUGCAGGAGACAGCAGAUCUAUUUCCAGAUCAGUGCAGCACACAAGUUUCUUCAUGGCUUGGAAUAAAAUAAUAGCAUUGGUGAACAUGCAUAUCUGUGCAAGCCUGGUACUGAUCUACAGGCGGUGUACAAAAACAAUGUGUAUUUUCAAACUUGUAAAUAUUAUUCUCUGUUAGCACCAUGUGCUUACAUCUUUGGGAUUCUUCAAGCACAAAGAUAAGCCAGAUAAAUGGCUGUAUUCUACUAUGUGAUCUCAAUGCCUGGACCUAUGCAUAUCAGAAAACCUUGACAAUGUCUGUGAAGCAGCACUUUGAUCUUCAGCAGCACUUCAAAUGACAAGUUUUUGUGACAGCUGUACUGCAGUAAACACCUGUCUUGCAAGGCUGGGCCACUGUCAGUUACCACUGUCUCGUACCCUUUCAUUUGAUUAACAUUGCUGCUGUGCUAGCCUUUGUAAGUUUAAUGAGUCAGAUGGGAAAUGGAAUGAGCCUCAUUGGCAAAUAAAGCCUCACAUGCGGAAAUUAACUCUCAAGAUCUUUGAUGACCUCAGCGGGAGUCACCGAGCAUGGUUAAAAGUACCAGGAAAAGCUUUGCCACGGAUAGGGACGGAGCUCAGACACAAGCGUCUCAGUCACUGACACUUGUCACUGACUUGUUCUGAAAAAUUUUGUGUAUCUGCAAGAGUUAUCCACAUUUUUGCAACUAUGAACAGCCUUGCAAACAUACAUUUCCUAUGCAAAGCUCUAGUUUUGCACAAAUAUGGGUUUAUAUGCAACAUAUUUAUGUACAUUUGAGCGAAUAUUGUCCUACUCUUUUUUUUUCUUUCUCUUCUGCAUAAUUCUACCAGCAGUGUGCAGAGUGCACACAACUAUGACACUGCUGACAUACCCCAGUUGUUUGAGUGUUUAUCUGGAGAAGUAUGAUAAGCUGUUUCAAGCGACUACUAAUAUUAAAAAAGUUGAAUUAGGUAUUGAGGCAUUAGGUAUUUCUCACACAAAAGCUUCCAAUCUAUAGAGCCUGUGCCAGCUUGGCAGGCAUGCCGUAUUUGGCAGUGCUUUUUAUCUACAUUGCUCAUAGCAGAAUGCAUGCAUAUUGUCAAACGAGUCAUACCUAUUCUGCAAUUUUUGAUAAAUUUGGUUGAUUUUGCUGACGUGUGAUGACAAGAAUGCAACAUUUCACCAGAAGCAGCAGCUGUUUUUUUUUUUUGCUGCAACGAGAAAAGUUAUACUUUUUUUUGCAAGUAUGGUAUUUUUCUGUGGACAAGAACAGGAUGCUCCUAGGAAAGAAAGUACUAGGUGUUCUAUAAAUUUGGCAAGUUAUUGAUCGAUCAAAAUAACAGUUACCAGAUGGAAGUCAUGAACAUAGUGCAAUCUGCUGUCUCAUUGAAGCUAAAUAAUACAAGGCAUAAUACAAUUGCAUGACAGGAACUUGCAGAUAUAUUCCCCUUGUGCACCCUGAAGCUCAGUUGUUACCAGUAUUAGAAGUAUUGUACUUUUUUAAGUUUAUGGUCUGUGUAAGAACACUAAAGAACAGAGCAUGUACGCAGACAUUCUGUGCGUGUUACAUAUAUUGCAUGGCCUGUAGAUCUUUUUAUGAAGCCCAAUCCUGAUAGGUGGGUGAGUGGUCACUAGAUAUUAUAAACUGAUGCUCGAAAGUUUCAAGCUACACUUGAGGCGUGACCUGUGAAUUGUGGUGGGGUACAAGAUAUUCGUGGAUUUGUCGGUGAGUCCGCUCAUUCUUUAGGCACGUCGAGUGCCUUGUGUGCCUAUUGUGUACAUGUUAUACUUUUUUUUUUUUUUUUUUCAGUACGUGAGUGUAGCUGUAUCGAGGCAAAGUACUUUUGUAUAUAACACUAUUUUGUUCAAAGUUGCAAAGGACAUUAAAAGAAUGCCUUGUA